GUCCCUGCAGGCCCCGCCCCCUGGGUUACGCGAGAGCCCGGCCUGGCCUUUGAUUAAUCGUGCCCACCCAGCGCGCCGUGAGUGUUGUUGUUGGAGGCAAAAUGGCGGCGGCGGUAGCCGGGGCCGCCCUGCUGGGCAAGGGGCUGGACAUCAGCCUGGCGGCGCUGCAGCGGCACGACCCCUACAUCAGCAGCAUCGUGGACGUGGCCAGCCAGGUGGCGCUCUACACCUUCGGGCACCGCGCCAACGAGUGGGAGAAAACUGAUGUGGAAGGAACACUCUUUGUUUACACAAGAUCAGCUUCUCCCAGGCAUGGCUUCACCAUUAUGAACAGGCUGAGCAUGGAAAAUCGAACAGAACCCAUCACUAAAGACCUAGAUUUUCAGCUGCAGGACCCUUUUCUGCUUUACAGAAAUGCCAGAUUGUCCAUUUAUGGAAUUUGGUUUUAUGAUAAGGAAGAAUGCCAAAGAAUUGCAGAGCUCAUGAAAAAUCUAACUCAGCAGGAGCAAUUCAAAGCACGGCAGGGGGCUGGAGCAGGAGCCUCUCCAAUGAUCCAGAGCUCUGGUGAUAGCAAGGAAGUGGAUAUCUUACGGAUGCUUACUAAGGCCAAAGAUGAAUAUACCAAGUGUAAGACCUGUUCAGAGCCAAAGCAAAUGACCAGUUCCUCUGCUAUCUAUGACAACCCAAACCUGAUCAAACCAAUACCAGUGAAGCCCAGUGAAACUCAGCACCAACAAAUACCUCAGCAAGGCAAGAACAUGGACUCAGAACCACAACACUUAUCUUUGACAGCACUGUUUGGAAAACAAGAAAAUCCUACCAUAUACCAAGAUGUCCCAGAACAGUCACAGAAAAAGCACCAACUUAAUCUUUCUGUCAGGCAGAGGGUAGUGCGUUCACUGUCCUAUGAGGAACCUAGUGGACAUUCACCCUCAGCAGAGAAGCAGCUUUGCCCAGCUAUUCAAAAACUUAUGGUGCGUGGGACAGACCUUCAUCCACUCUCUGAGCUUCCUGAGAAUCGACUGUGUGAAAACGGCAAUGUCCGCUCCGUAGGGGAGGUUUUCACUGGACUCUUCCAACCGGUGACUUCUCAUGGUGUUGUAACAUCUCAUCCAGCCCAGGACACAACUGGCACUCAAAGCUUGUUACAGAAACUGCAGGGACAAUCAGGAUCAGUGACCAAAAUGGACCCAAGUGCAACAGGUACUGUAAGUUCAACAGCUUCAAUCUUCAGCAGGACUUCUGCUGCUACAGCAUCAGCAGCACAGAUAAAUAACAUGACCCAGCCACAUCUGGUAUAUUUCAAUGGCUCUCUUCCAGCCCAGACUUUAGAGCCUCAGACUGUUGGUAAAGAACAGUCCAAACUUCCUAGACAGCCACUUUCCCUCUCGGGCAACCAAUCAACCAGUUCUGGAGUGAUUUCACCCCAAGAGUUACUGAAAAAACUCCAGAUAGUGCAACAGGAGCAACAGUUACAUGUGUCCAGCAGACCUACCUUGGCAGCUAAGUUUCCUGUAGUUACUCAGAACACCAACACUCUAAAACCCUUGGACGCCUGGAUAGACAAGACAUCAGGUGCACAAAAGCAGAGCCCUCUCUUUCAGGUCAUCUCACCUCAGCGCAUUCCUGCUACUGUGACUCCUGCACUGCUGAUGUCCCCCAUGCUGUUCACACAGUCCACACCUGCUCCACCAAAGGCAAGUGAAAGUGGGUGCUUACCACCAGCAAAUCAAGAAUCUGCUUCUAAUUCAGCUAGCCUUCUCCUUCCUAUGCAGAAUCCAGAGCCAUCUGUCGUAAACAGCAACUCAUUGACCAAGAUGCAGCUUCAGGAAACACUUUUACACCUGAUCCAGAAUGACGACAACUUCUUAAACAUUAUCUAUGAAGCUUAUCUCUUCAGUGUGAGAAAGGCAGCAAUCAAAAAGUCUAUGUAAAAGAUAAUUUUAAAAUUAAAUUUCUAUGACUUCCUGAACUCCAGGAAGAAAAAGUCUCUCAUGCCAAGUGAUGUUACAUUGUUUAAAAGCUUCUGCCUUUAAAAACAAUAAAAUGAAAUAAAUGGUCCUAGACUUUUUAGUUACACUUAAAUAUUGCUUGUUGGCAAGUACAUGCUGUACUGAGAAAUGUGCGGGUGGAAACUGCUUUCCUCAGGGGGGAGGGUAACGACGCUGCUAAAGACUCACAAAAUAUCUUAAAUUAUUUUUCUUACAUGGGCUGUUGCUAGAUGAAUUAUAUUUCCUUCAUAAAGACUCUGUUCUCAGAGUUCAUUUUUCUUUUUAUUUAUGGCUGUGGUUAUUCAUGGACUAGAUAUUUAAUGUGUUUUUUUCUCAGAUAGAUGUUAUCACUUCCAUUACUCAACACUAUUUCACAAUGAACAGUGCCCAUUCCUGGUCACCAUGUGGCAGUGUUGGACUGUUUUUAAGCAUAUGAAGAUAUUGGUGAAAUUUUGGAAGAGGAAUGAUCUUUUGAAACGGGUUGUUCCAUCACCUUUUCUAACAACAACAAAAAAUUGUUUCAAAGAAAGUGGUGACAUUUUUCCUCAAUUUUUUUUAUGAAAAUCAGUUUCUGUUUUGUCUUCAGAAUAUUUAUAGCCAGCUAUAGAAAUGAACUCUGAGGAGUUUUUUAAAAUUAUAGGGUGGUCCUUUUGUUUGUGACUGUUCUUGCUGUUAAUGUAGAUCUGAUGUGGCACUAGCAUCCUAUUUCUGUGCUUCUGGAAACAAUCUGCAUAAUCAUAAGCAAUAUGUAAACUGGUCAAGAAAACAGUUACUUGGUUUAUAAGUCCUUUUUUAAUAUGUUCCAAGAGCAGAUGGGUCAGUGGUUCCAAUGAUCCAUUUAUAAAGAAAAUAAAAUGGAUUAGCCAGAG